AUGACGCCUCUGCACGAAGCUGCAGAUUACGACAAUCUGGAAGUCCUCACUUAUCUCCUCGAGAAGAAUGCGAACCCUGAUAUCCCCAGCACAUCUGGAGCUACACCUCUGUGUGCGGCGGCCCUCAGCGGAAGCAUUGAAAUUGCGAGAGUUCUUCGUCGGCGACUGGGUUCCCAACCCCUCCCAUUUGACAACUAUAACCGCUCCCCUCUCUUCUUUGCUGCCUCCCGUGGCCACCUCGGCAUGGUGAAGAUGUUCUUGAAGGGAAACCACAAAUUGCUUCGGUCCAAGGACGUCUACGGAUCGACGGCCGUGUGCUCAGCGAUGAGGAACGGUCAUGAAGAGGUUGUCCAGUACCUACUCCCCUAUUUCAUGCCGUCCAUGAACUCGCCAGACUUCCUCGGCAAGACAUUCAAGUGGUGGCUCACCGAGGUGGGAACGCCCGGCAUGCGCAAGCUGUACAAGCAGGCGCGGGCUGGCGCGAAUAAGAUCCGAACACGCAGCGAGCGUGACCAAGACGAUGAGGAUGAGUACGAAGACCAGAUAUGGCGAUACUGCGACGUCUGCAUGGCCACUCUUUCGGAAAGGGACCCUUACUUCAGCUGCGACAUUUGUGACGGUGGGAGCUUCGUCAUGUGUUCAAGCUGCAUCAAAUACGAGGCUCAUUGCAGGGAGGCAUCGCAUAAGAUGCUGUCCAAGCAUCCAGUUGCCGAGGAUGAUGGCGACGAGGAAGAGGAGGACGAGGCGCCGGCGGGGGGGAAGAAGAAGAAGCGUGGCAACGGAAGAAGGGCAGAGGAGGAGGAGCGAGAGGAGUCCGAAUAG